AUGUUACCCAGAAAUAUUAUGCUGUUCUGUGCCUUCUAUCAUAAGCCGCACGUUAGACCAGGCAAACCGCUCUAUUGGGUAGGUGAACCAUGCACUGGAUGUCCCUGCGGCUACAACUGUGAUAAAAAGACGAUGCUCUGCAAAAAGAAGAGGAAUCCAUUCCACAACGCCAUAUAA